CAAAUUUCUUAAAGUUACUCAGCAUUUUCAGAACCAGAACCAAUUCAUCCGAUUCAUCCAUCCAUUCGAUUCAUCCGAUUUAUCAAGAUGUUUGAGAAAUUGACAAGUAAAUUAAGAAAUCAAAAAGAAACUGAAACAGAAACAGAAACAGAAGAAGAAGAAGAACUAUCAUUACUAGAUCAUUCAUCCAAUCGAUUCUCUUCAACAACCCAUCAUCAAACCAGAACCGGAAGAAGAAGUCCCCGAUCAUCAAGACCCACGAAAACACUAAUCAUCAGUUUAAUCAUCAGUUCGAUCAUUCUAAUCAUCAUCAUCAUCCUUUUCUCGAUCCCAGAAAGAGUUCUAAAGAACCCAUCCAAAGAUUACCAAAUCGAUUGGAAAGCUUCAUCACCUAGACCACCAGCCACAUUCAAAAACAUUUGGGGAUUGAAAUCACCUACAGUAGGAUCGAUCGAAUGGAAAGAAAUGUACCCUGGACCUAAACCCUCAGGACCGGUUCCACAACCACAAUGGAUCUCACGUUACAACUCAUUAGUUCGAGAAAGACCUAAUUUCUUAUCAUACAUCUCAUCUAUACCUCAAGCAAACCUUUCGAGAACUAAUGGAUUGGCUGUUUAUCCUGAGAAGACGGUGUUGGGAUCUGAUGGGAUUUGUAGUUUUCGUAGAACUAGUUGUUUGAGAGGUUUAAAGGAAGAUCGAGGGAUGGGAUUGCAGGAUGUUUGGGAUGGGGUACCUGGCACUUGGAGUGUGGGGUUUGAUGAUGGUCCUUUACCUCCGAGUGAUAGGCUUUAUAAAUUCCUUGAUACUCAAAACCAAUCAGCUACACAUUUUUGGAUCGGAUCAAAUGUUAGAGAUCAUCAUGAACUGGCUUUGAAGGCGUAUAAAAGAAAUGAUCAUUUAGCAGUUCAUACUUGGUCACAUGCUCAUCUUACUACACUUUCAGAUCAUGAAGUCUUAGGAGAACUAGGAUGGACUAUCCAAGUGAUUUAUGAUUUGACGGGAUUGAUUCCUUUGUACUAUCGACCACCAUAUGGAGAUGUUGAUAACCGAAUAAGAGCCCUAGCAAAAUAUGUGUUUGGGUUAAAGACUUUAAUGUGGAACUCAGAUACAUCAGAUUGGACUCUUAACCAAACCUACGCCAUUGGAGAUUACAUAGACCCACCUAUGCAAAACUUUGGAAUUCAAGAAUCUUUAAACCAAUUAAACCAUCAUCUUAAAGAGAAUCCAAACCAAAGACCUGUAGAAGAAAGAAAAGGAAUGAUUAUACUUGAACAUGAGUUGAGUGAAGAAAGUGUUAGGGUUUUUGAGAUGAGUUUUCAGGAUGUUAGGAAGGAGGGGUAUGUGGUUUGUAAUGUUGCGCAGUGUUUGAAGGCUGAUUGGUAUCAAUGAUCAUUAGAAUAAUCAAUUCUUUAGGGUUUUUUUAUAUAUAGAUUAAUCGAAAACUUUAUGAGGUUGUCACUUUUUCUUUUGAACAAUUUAUGACUUGUUUUUUACGAAAUGAUUUUUUGUGUAUAUAUUUAGAUAUGAAACAUUUCAAAAUGAGUUUAUCUUUUUUCUUUAUUAAGAUUGAUGUUUUAUUUUAUUUUUUUUGAAUGAGAUUUAUGAAAAAUAUUCAACUUGAUGAAAUGUUACAUAGAUUUAUGAUUUCUUUUUGAAUGUAUUUUUUGAUUGAUUUAUUUAAAGUCAUUUUUGAUUGAGUAAUUGUUGGAAUUGAUGAAGUGCAGCAUUUUUUUUC